AUGCCGACAAGUCCGCGUACCUGAUGGGGCUGAACUCGGCCGAUCUCCUCAAGGGGCUGUGCCACCCCCGCGUGAAGGUGGGCAACGAGUACGUCACCAAGGGGCAGAAUGUCCAGCAGGUGUACUACUCCAUCGGGGCCUUGGCCAAGGCUGUCUACGAGAAGAUGUUCAACUGGAUGGUGGUGAGGAUCAACAACUCGCUGGAGACCAAGCAGCCGCGGCAGUACUUCAUCGGCGUGCUGGACAUCGCCGGCUUCGAGAUCUUUGAUUUCAACAGCUUUGAGCAGCUCUGCAUCAACUUCACCAACGAGAAGCUGCAGCAGUUCUUCAACCACCACAUGUUCGUGCUGGAGCAGGAGGAGUACAAGAAGGAGGGGAUCGAGUGGGAGUUCAUUGACUUUGGCAUGGACCUCCAGGCCUGCAUCGACCUCAUCGAGAAGCCCAUGGGUAUCAUGUCCAUCCUGGAGGAGGAGUGCAUGUUCCCCAAGGCCUCGGACAUGACCUUCAAGGCGAAGCUCUACGACAACCACCUGGGCAAGUCGGCCAACUUUGGGAAGCCGCGCAACAUCAAGGGCAAGGCGGAGGCCCACUUCUCCCUCACCCACUACGCCGGCACGGUGGACUACAACAUCCUGGGCUGGCUGGAGAAGAACAAGGACCCCCUCAACGAGACAGUGGUGGGGCUCUACCAGAAAUCUGGCCUCAAGCUCUUGGCCAGCCUCUUCUCCAACUACGCUGGGGCAGAUACUGGUGGUGAUAAAGGGAAAGGAGCCAAGAAGAAAGGUUCCUCCUUCCAGACCGUCUCAGCCCUGCACCGGGAGAACCUCAACAAGCUGAUGGCCAACCUCAAGACCACACACCCCCACUUCGUCCGCUGCCUGGUCCCCAACGAGCGGAAGGCGCCAGGUGUGAUGGACAACCCCCUGGUGAUGCACCAGCUGCGCUGCAACGGGGUCCUGGAGGGGAUCCGCAUCUGUCGCAAGGGCUUCCCCAACCGCAUCCUCUACGGGGACUUCCGCCAGCGGUACCGGAUCCUGAACCCCGCGGCCAUCCCCGAGGGGCAGUUCAUCGACAGCCGCAAGGGCGCCGAGAAGCUCCUGGGGUCCAUCGACAUCGACCACAGCCAGUACAAGUUCGGGCACACCAAGGUCUUCUUCAAGGCCGGGCUGCUGGGGCUGCUGGAGGAGAUGCGUGACGAGCGCCUGUCCCGCAUCAUCACCCGCAUCCAGGCGCAGGCCCGCGGGCAGCUCAUGCGCAUCGAGUUCAAGAAGAUCCUGGAGCGCCGGGACGCGCUGCUGGUGAUCCAGUGGAACAUCAGGGCCUUCAUGGGGGUGAAGAACUGGCCCUGGAUGAAGCUCUACUUCAAGAUCAAGCCCCUGCUGAAGAGCGCCGAGACAGAGAAGGAGAUGCAGAACAUGAAGGAGGAGUUUGGGCGGCUGAAAGAGGCCCUGGAGAAGUCGGAAGCCCGGCGGAAGGAGCUGGAGGAGAAGAUGGUCUCCAUGCUGCAGGAGAAGAACGACCUUCAGCUCCAAGUGCAGGCUGAGCAGGACAACCUCAACGAUGCCGAGGAGCGCUGCGACCAGCUGAUCAAGAACAAGAUCCAGCUGGAGGCCAAGGUGAAGGAGCUGACGGAGCGGCUGGAAGACGAGGAGGAGAUGAACGCCGAGCUGACAGCCAAGAAGAGGAAGCUGGAGGAUGAGUGCUCAGAGCUCAAGAAGGACAUUGAUGACCUGGAGCUGACUCUGGCCAAGGUGGAGAAGGAGAAACACGCCACUGAGAACAAGGUCAAGAACCUCACAGAGGAGAUGGCUGGGCUGGACGAGAACAUCGCCAAGCUGACAAAGGAGAAGAAGGCCCUGCAAGAAGCUCACCAGCAAACACUGGAUGACCUGCAGGCAGAGGAAGACAAGGUCAACACCUUGACGAAGGCCAAAGUCAAGCUGGAACAGCAGACGGACGACCUCGAAGGCUCCCUGGAACAGGAGAAGAAAAUCCGGAUGGACCUAGAACGGGCCAAGAGGAAGCUGGAAGGUGACUUGAAGCUGUCUCAGGAGAACAUCAUGGACCUGGAGAAUGACAAACAGCAGCUGGAGGAGAAGCUGAAGAAGAAGGAGUUUGAGAUCCACCAGCAGAACAGCAAGAUCGAGGACGAGCAGGCGCUGGCCUUGCAGCUCCAGAAGAAGCUGAAGGAGCUGCAGGCGCGGAUCGAGGAGCUGGAGGAGGAGCUGGAGGCGGAGCGCACGGCCAGGGCCAAGGUGGAGAAGCUGCGCUCGGACCUGUCGCGGGAGCUGGAGGAGAUCAGCGAGCGGCUGGAGGAGGCGGGCGGGGCCACCUCGGUGCAGCUGGAGCUCAACAAGAAGCGGGAGGCGGAGUUCCAGAAGAUGCGGCGGGACCUGGAGGAGGCCACGCUGCAGCACGAGGCCACGGCUGCCGCCCUGCGGAAGAAGCAUGCGGACAGCACCGCGGAGCUUGGGGAGCAGAUCGACAACCUGCAACGGGUGAAGCAGAAGCUGGAGAAGGAGAAGAGCGAGCUCAAGCUGGAGCUGGACGACCUCAGCUCCAACAUGGAGCAGCUGAUCAAGGCCAAGGUGGGCAUGGAGAAGGUCUCCCGCACCAUGGAGGACCAGGCGGCCGAGCACCGGGCCAAGCUGGAGGAGACCCAGCGAGUCCUCAAUGACACCAACACCCAGCGGGCCAAGCUCCAGACCGAGAACGGAGAGCUGUCCCGCCAGCUGGAGGAGAAGGAGGCCCUCAUCUCGCAGCUCACCAGGGGCAAGCAGUCCUACACCCAGCAGAUGGAGGACCUGAAGAGGCAGCUGGAGGAGGAGAUGAAGGCCAAGAACGCGCUGGCCCACGCCCUGCAGUCGGCCCGGCACGACUGCGACCUGCUGCGGGAGCAGUACGAGGAGGAGACGGAGGCCAAGGCCGAGCUCCAGCGGACGCUCUCCAAGGCCAACUCCGAGGUGGCCCAGUGGAGGACCAAGUACGAGACGGACGCCAUCCAGCGCACCGAGGAGCUGGAGGAGGCCAAGAAGAAGCUGGCCCAGCGGCUGCAGGAGGCCGAGGAGGCGGUGGAGGCGGUCAACGCCAAGUGCUCCUCCCUGGAGAAGACCAAGCACCGGCUGCAGAACGAGAUCGAGGACCUCAUGGCAGACGUGGAGCGGUCGAACGCGGCCGCCGCCGCCCUGGACAAGAAGCAGAGGAACUUCGACAAGAUCGUGGCCGAGUGGAAGCAGAAGUUCGAGGAGUCGCAGACGGAGCUGGAGGCGUCGCAGAAGGAGGCCAGGUCCCUCAGCACCGAGCUCUUCAAGCUGAAGAACGCCUACGAGGAGUCGCUCGAGCACCUGGAGACCUUCAAGAGGGAGAACAAGAACCUCCAAGAGGAGAUCUCGGACCUCACGGAGCAGCUGGGCGCCAGCCACAAGACCAUCCACGAGCUGGAGAAGGUCCGGAAGCAGCUGGACGCCGAGAAGCUGGAGCUUCAGGCUGCUCUGGAGGAGGCUGAGGCCUCUCUGGAGCACGAGGAGGGCAAGAUCUUGAGGGCCCAGCUGGAGUUCAACCAGGUCAAGGCGGACUACGAGCGCAA